AUGAAACCUAUUUGGUUCUGACCACCUGGCUGCCCUUCAGUGGUAUAUUCAUGCUGACUGUGAUGGGAAGCAUCUGGAAACAUGUCCCAUCAAGGAGUGGUGUGUCUACUUCUGUUGUUUGGAGCCUUCAUUAAAGGUGUAAAUGCUGAGGUUCAGAAUACUUCAGUGAAGGUAGGAGGUGAAGCCUUCCUCAACUGUCACCUCAUGAAAUCUGAAGAUGUUGUACGAGUCACAUGGCAGAAGAUUUCACCUAAAAUUAAUCUGGCCAUCAGUGACAAGGACUCAAACCAAGCAGUCAAUCCAGAGUUCAGAGACAAGGUGGAGUUUAAAGAUGCUGGACUGCAGAACAGCACCAUAAUUAUCAAGAAUGUGAAGCAGCAGGAUGAAGGAUGUUAUAACUGUCUGUUUAACAUCCAACACCAGAGGGCUAUCAUCUGCAAAACCUACAAAACCUGCCUCGAGAUCUAUGAGCUGAAUGAACCUGUUCUACAUGUCAGUAAAUCGUCCUCUACUGCAGAGUUCAUUGUGUCCUGUUCAGCCACUGGUCGACCUGCUCCCACUGUCACUCUGAGUGUCCAGGGACAAAACUUUUCACACACCAGUACCGUCAGAGUCCCCAACACUAACGGUACAGUGACGGUCAACACUACAGCUGUACUGUCAGGUCUGCACAGAACCAGUACUAGAGUUAGAUGUUCAGUCCGACUGGCCUUUGGUUCUGAGACAGAGGUGUUUACAACCAUUCCUGGUUUUGAUGAGGAACGUUCACCCAGUGACAGUGAUGACAGUUUGACCUGGAUCAGUCUGCCUGUGGUUCUGGUCUGUGCUGGUGCUGUUGUUGCUGUCGUCAUCACAUCUUUGUACAAAAAACAUAUGAAAUGUCUUUCUCACAGUGACCAUGAGGAGAAUGAAGAUGAGGAAGUGGGAAAGGAACUCAAAGACACUCACAAAACACCAUCAACCAGAAUGCCACUGAUCAGACUCAAGAAGAAGAAUGAAGGAACGUCCACUGAUUCUUUGAGGCAGAGGGGAUCUGCUGAGGAGCAUCAACCAAGGGCCAACCCAGAGCAGAAAACUUCAACAGUAAAAGACUGAAUCUGUAGUGUCAAAAGUAAGAAGACUUGGUUGAACAUCUUUAAAGGUCCUGUGCACAUGUUCUAUGUGACCUUGAAACAGUCUCAUUUUUAUAUAGUAAACUGUAGUCUGUAGUUUAAAUUGAGAUUAUCAGCACCACAACAGGUUUUAUCCAAAUGCUAUUUCCAGCUUCCCUGGUCGGGUCGGGAGAGACUAGGCUGAUUUACGGCAGACUUACAUCACUAUGACAACACCACACCCACCGGCAGAGUUUAGCAGUGAGAAGUAAGUUGAAUGAGUGAGGAGUAAGAUCUGUCCUUUUUCCUAAAGAAAGGGAUUUCUUGGGUUUAUUUUGUUGUAAUGGUGGACACUGGAGCUGGACUGGCAGAAAGCUGGCUAAAACACCAGUAAACCUCUGCAUUGCUUUGAACUGAUGGAGAGAACUAAGGGAGUUAAAAGGAAAGAAAACAAAUCUGGAGUUGGCCGUCUUCCUUCUAGACAGGUGUAGAAUGCUCAUUUUGUUCAUACAUUUGCAUUGAACAUUGUAUUUUACUACAGUGGCUGUUGGUAGCUCAGUCAAACACUUAGUAAACACUUCUGCAUUAGCCGCAGGGCUAGCUCUGUGACGUCGAUAAUAUGUUUUAUUUGGAACAUUGUUUCAGUCACAAACUAAGACUGUGGUCAAGCCAGCCCUGAUUCUCCUCUGCAUGGUCCAGCCAGCCCCUAGUGCAGGCAUCACCAAAUGGAAGACCUCGGUCCGAACCUUUGACCAGUCUGAUAAAUUCAUGAGAAUAGAUCAUUUUCAUUAAUUAUGUUUUUCUGACAGUGGCGGCUAUAGACAGCAGGUGCUGCUACUCCAGUUAAUACGACAACAGCUUCACUCAAAUCAAAUCGUUUGUUUACUCUGCGUGGCACACACACCAGAACAGAGAGGAAGAGAUAGUGAUGACAGCAUGUCUCACUCCAAAACAAGGAAAGUUGAUGCGGAAAACUGUUGUUUUUAGGGCAAUUUCACACUGCGUACCCAAGUCUGUACAGUAUUUGGAUACGUUCACACCUUUCCUGCAGAUGUUACAUUCACAAGCAUGUACCACGGCCCAUGCCCAAGUACGAGUGGGUGUUACAGGGCUGAAACAACAGGUGGAGGUGUGGAAGGAAUUCUGUCGCUAUUCAACAAACGUGGAAGUCAGUAGAAGACCUUACCUAUCUAUUAUUAGCCUGUUUUGAGGCAAAGAGCUUAUUCACCUCUGUUUACACUUUUUUAUAUAUUUUGUACUGAGGUUUGUGUUUUCUUUAAUCUGAAAUAAAGGCCUUCAGUGUAUUUGCCUGGGACUACUUUUACUUGUGGUAAAAGAUCUAGCUCUGCAGUCUGUUAAACAUUCCCUGCACUGAAAAUUGACAAUAAAUAUUGUUGAAACUAAAUGAAAAUGUGGACAUAGGGGAAGGCACAAAGACACAAGUUGGACUUCGGUUCGGACAUUUUACUUGCAGGAAAUUUUAAUAACUGGACCUCAGUGAUUUUUAAUCGAAUACCCCUGCCCUAGUGUUUUUCAUGUGCACUAUUUAUCUGAUAAUUACAUUAAAGUAAGUUGGAUAAAAUGGUUUUAAGGCUAUUUUUAACAGGAAAUGAAAUCGUUUUCCUCCAUAAGUAUUUCACGAAUCUGGUAUUUUUGAUAUUAUCACUUCAUAUACUAUUAGCACAAACACUGGACUACUUUUACUGUUUACUUUUGGAGUAAUCAUACUCCAAAAUCCCUCCCAGGCUUGUGAUGGAAAAUUUACUUUUUAUAUUUCAUACUGUUAGUACAUGCUGAAUCAUAUGAUUAUGUGUGAUGUUUACCACUCUGUAACACCCUCGACCCAGGAACGGAGUUCUUGCCUUGAGUUAAAACCCAAACACCUAAAUGUCUGGAUGUGCAGAUAGGUGAUGGCGCCUGCACGCUAGAUAUUAUUUAAACAAGGUUAGGAACGGGAAGGGCUGGUAUGGAGUGGGACGUUUUACAUAUGGGGAUGUCCACCAUUGGAGGGGUUGGAUUUUGGGUCUAUAUAAUCUUUAGUAUUUUCAUGUUUA